AUCCAUCCAUUCAUUCAGUAAUUUUGACAACUGCAUUACAAUAGAAUUGAUUGUGAUUUUAUUUAUUCUAAAUAACCUUUUUAAUGGUUCGGUGCUGUUUUAUGAAAUAUACAUUUAUUCUAGAUUACAGUUGGAAUUUCAUCAAACUGCAAAAUGAGUUUUUUAUUCGGGAGCCGGUCGAACAAGACCUUCAAGCCGAAGAAGAACAUUCCUGAAGGCACGCACCAGUACGACCUGAUGCGGCACGCGGCGGCCACGCUGGGCUCCGGCAACCUGCGCCUCGCCGUCAUGCUGCCCGAGGGCGAGGACCUCAACGAGUGGGUCGCCGUCAACACGGUGGACUUCUUCAACCAGAUAAAUAUGUUGUACGGCACCAUCACGGAGUUCUGCACCGAGGAGUCGUGCGCGGUGAUGUCUGCGGGGCCCAAGUACGAGUACCACUGGGCGGACGGCCACACCGUCAAGAAGCCCAUCAAGUGCUCCGCUCCCAAGUACAUCGACUACCUCAUGACUUGGGCGCAGGACCAGCUUGAUGAUGAAACACUUUUCCCUUCAAAAAUUGGUGUCCCGUUCCCCAAGAACUUCCUGUCGAUGGCGAAGACGAUCCUGAAGCGACUGUUCCGCGUGUACGCGCACAUCUACCACCAGCACUUCCCCGAGGUGGUGCAGCUGGGCGAGGAGGCGCACCUCAAUACCUCCUUCAAGCACUUCAUCUUCUUCGUGCAGGAGUUCAACCUGAUCGAGCGGCGCGAGCUGGCGCCGCUGCAGGAGCUCAUCGAGAAGCUGACGGCCAAGGAGGCGCGAUGAGGCCCCGCCCGGCCCGGCCAGCAGGCGCGAUGAGGCCGCCCCGCCCCGCGACGCACCGCAAGUUUUGUAAGCCUAGGAAUUUUUCAUUAUCCUGAUAUUUUUUUGUGUUAUUCAUCUCGAGCCGAGAGGUCCCGAGUUUACUUUGGUUUCGCUUCGCUGUACCGUUUUUUAUCGAGUAGAUUCGAAUGUCCGACUGUUUGACUAAUAUAGACUAGACUAACUUUUCUAAAAAUUGAUAAAGAUUGUGAUAUGAUAUUUUUGAUAUCGAUCGACGAGCGAGAGUGUCGUUCUAGGUGUAAGUGAUGCCAUAAGAUAGGGAAGUUCGCAGAUAGGCUUUACAGAUGAUGGCCUUCCUAUAUGAUAAUAAUAUAGAUUUGAUUAACAUACAAAAUAAUAUUUAGAUUUGAUACAGAUGUAUUACAGAAUCUACAGAUUAUUAUAGAUUAAUUAGCUGAUCUCUUAAUAAGAAUCCGAAAAAUGGUUUAACUUAAUGAUUCUUUCUUAAAGGGGAAAGGCCCUGCAAUAUGUUUAAAUCUUACACAAGAGCAUGUUUUGAAGCAGGAUAGGCGGAAUAGUUUUUUUGUAGUGUAAAUCUAGAAUGAUUCAUGCCACUAUCUCUGUUAGCCAUUCUCUUGAUAAUGUCAUAAAUAUGCGAUUAUUAGAUUUUAUAGUGUGCACACAUUAAGGUCCGUUUAUAUCUACGGACAUUGAGUGUGCAAUAUUCUAUUAUACAGUGUCUAUUAACGUAUUUAUAUCUAUCUAUCGUUACACGGCCGCGCAGACACCAACAGAUACGGGCGGCCAUUAUUCGCGGAAAGAAUAUUUUGUCUGUACGGUUCCGGCACGCACGCUCAAUAUCUGUAGAUAUAAACAGACCUUUACUUAACAAAACCACCAUUUAUUCAUAUCCAAUAUGGGACUGGACAUCCCAGAAUUUUUGUAAUUAUUUAAUAAUUUAACAAAGUAGAUAUAAAAAUAAUUUAUAACUUUAAGUUUCAAAUAUCGCGUUUAUUUAGUUUUAUGACUCGGGUGGGCGAGUCCAUUAUAAAAGUAUCAAAUUUAUAAAAAAAAACAGUAAUACAUACCAUUAAAAUAGCCCACAUAAUUUUUAUCAAAUAGCCUUAGGAGCCAUUUGGAAAAUCACAAUAUUUAAUAAAGUUGCCGAACCAAAUCCUUUGGGCGAUGCAUACAAACAAAGGGGGCCAGUGAAAUGAUGACCAAUGUGAUUUUCAAAUAAUGAUAUCGAUAACGCCCCAACGUUUUUAUGCCAUAGAAGUAAUUAUUACACUUAAUUACACCGAUAAAAAUUGUCCGGUCCCCUAUUGAAAAUCUACAGGGAUUAUGGGAUUAAUUACAAUCAAAUAAAGUAUCUAGUUGCAAUUCUCACAGGUGCUUUUAAGAUGUAUCUAAAAAGUUUGAUGCUUGAAUUUCAUUGAAAUACUCAAUUCCAGGCUAUAAUAAAUAUAGUACUUCAAAUAACAUUGAUUAGACUGAUUGUAGAAACAAUAAAUUAAUUUUGAUGUGUUUAUUUCAUAUCAGAAUAUACUUAGGUAUCAUAUGUUUAUAAAUUUAUGAAUUAACUGCAUUUUGUUGGUUACAAUACAAGCUCAUGUGAUGACACGAUUCAAAACUGAAUACUCGAAUCCCUGAGUGAGACUUACUAAAUUGGUGUGCUAAUAUUAAGAUUUAUUUAUUAUCGUGAUGCGAAACAGCGCAGUUCGCGCUACGACUAUGUUUACUAUUAAUUUAAUGAAAUUUUAUUUAUCAUUUGUGUUUAUAUUCUGAAUUUAUCUCAGUAGCAUAAUUAAGUGAUUGUAGAUAUAUUUUGUGCAUUUAAUAUAAUAUUACACAGAAUUGAUGAGUUGAAUCUGUUAUAAUAGUAAUGUGCGACUGCCUUUCCUUUAGAAAGUGUCAGGAAUGUCGUACAGCUAAAAAAUAAAUUACAUGAUAAAAUUACUUGUAGUUUGAUUAUUACAUAAAUAAAAUACUGUGUAUACACAUACUAUCAAGAUUUAAUUGUAUCGGUACAUACAUAUAAAGUACGACAGCUUAGUCUACUAAGAAUUAUACAAAUUAAAAAUGUCGAUAUUUCGAUAUCAAAAUUUACUUUUUACCUUGAUGGGUUGAAACGGAACAGAGCGUUCACUUUAUACUUCACUUCACCGCGACCGUAGGGUUGAGGAUCAUCAAAGAACUGAGUUUUUUUUUUAAAUCAAUUCCAAGA